UUUUUGACUACAGCCGUAUGAUGGCAUAUGAGUCGAGUGUGUAAUGUAACAAUCCCCACCGACGCUUGUGCAGUGUUUGACGCUCAGUGACAUGACAUGGACGGCGGAAUGUCUCACUGAGAGCAGAUGAACUGAAGAAUGAUGUCGGACCAGGAUUUUGGUUUAAGUUUAUCAGCUGCGCCCCCGCUUCGCAGGGGUAGCACCCCCUUGCCAAUCAAGCAUCAGCUGAGGCGAGAGGAAGCUGUGUCCGAGGAUUACGACUGGACGCCGGGACUCGACGAGUCUGCCACUCCGCAAAUCAGCAUCAGCAAUAUCCAAGAUUCUCCUUCCCCAAAACCGCCACAGCAAAAGUACCACGGACCGCUUCGGAUAGUACUGCUGGGCCAAAACGGAGUGGGCAAAUCCUCUCUGGCACUUUGCCUGGCUGGACUGUCAGACAGAUCACUCUCUAUAGACUCUGAAACCCAAGCAACCGAUGAGGGUUACCAGCGGCGAGUGACUGUGGAUGACGAGGACAGCACAAUUUUAGUGUACGACAACUGGAAACAGGAGCUGUCCACCCUGCAGUGUGAGGUGUGCAUCCUGGUUUUCUCGUUGACGGACAGGCGCAGCUUCCACCGGAUCGCUCAGCUCCGUCUGCUGUUGAGGGAGACGCUGCCACACACCCCCAUCAUCCUAGUGGGCAACAAGAGUGACCUUGUGCGCUCCCGUGAAAUCAGCACAGAGGAGGCGCACUCCAGUGCAAUGAUGUUUGGCUGCCUGUAUCUGGAGCUCUCCGUCUCUCUGGACCACCACACUAAUGACCUACUGGAAGCGGCUGUGAGAGCAGCCCGGGGCCACAACCUGGGACCCGGCUGGACAGAGGGGUCCCCCACAGCGGCCCGCCGAGAGAGCUUGACCAGCAGGGCCAAGCGCUUUCUGUCAGGGCUCGUUCCACGCACCCAACUCGGCCGAGACAGGGACAGGGAGGUCGGCAGAGACCGAGACCUCAGCAGACACAGAGGAAGCAGGAUGCUCAGGCAGAAAUCACGUUCUUGUCAUGACCUCAGCGCUCUAAUGUAACCGAAUGACAAAUGACAGAGAGCGAGAAGGAGAGGAGGUUUUAAAGGAAGCUAGUGAAGGGAUUGAAGAACUGCAUGUAAGAUUGACAGGUGAGGAGAUAAGAGACAGUGUUGCUGCACCACUUCACAGAGGGGAUAAUUCUCUGGAGAUAUUACCUAAACUAGUAUGUGUGAAAUUAGUUGUUUAUACCAGUCUCUCAGUCAUUGAACGUGACAGUAGUGCAGCGAAACCUAGCAGUAUAUCCUGCCAGAACAUGACCUUUUAGGUUGCGAGAGGCCU